CAUGCGUGAACGAUCAGAUCACUCAUUCGCAAAACAAAUUCCUAUUGGCCGACAAAAAACAGUUUCCUACUGUGUGUUCCGUUUGACCAAUCACGUCAGCUUUUAUAACGUGCGACACGAAAACAAUAAAGCAGUCAAAAUGGUGCUCGAAAGUACUAUGGUUUGUGUUGACACAAGUGAAUACAUGCGCAAUGGUGAUUUUAUUCCUACACGUUUUCAAGCACAGCAAGAUGCUGUGAAUUUAGUAUGUCAUUCGAAAACUAGAAGCAACCCAGAAAACACAGUAGGACUUCUUACCUUGGCUAAUGUCAAAGUAUUAGCUACAUUAACAACAGAUGUUGGCAAACUUUUAGGUAGUUUGCAUCAAAUUCAACCAAAGGGAGACAUCAGCUUUUCAACAGCUGUAAAAGUGGCUCAUAGAUCGGUGAGAUGUGAAUGUCCGGAAGAUAUUCCGAAAUUGAAUUGCAACUCAGCAAACAUCGCGGUUGUGACGAACCCUGUAUUCGGGGAAGCUCCGGAUCUGACACUGGUGUCAGAUGAUGAACCAUUUCCAGACAAUGUUGAUGUGGUGGAUGGUGGUACAGCAAUCGGUACAUUUCUUUGUUCUGCAGCUAGCUGGUCCAGAGAUCUGGUAGAUCCACGGGUUACCGGCCGUUCAUACGGAGCUAUGCGUGGAAGGGGAGUUUUCUUCGAACGUCCCCUUGAAGAUUUACCUCGUGAAGGCAUGUUGUAG